AUGCCCCCGAGAACAAUUUUAAGUCCGUACAAAAGCAGUCCCACAAAGCCUUCAACCCCGGAGCUUGGCAAUUUCAUGUCGAGCGCCGCCGCGGCGAUACACCGCGUCCUCCUUCAGGGCGUCAGCUCCAGCGAUCGCCUCCCACCCCUCACCGUCAAGCUGCUCCACGGCCGCCUCCUCCGGCUCGACCUCCUCGCCGACCUCUCCCCGCACCUCCUCCGCGCGCUCUCCUCCUCUGGCCUCCACGUCCACGCCCUCCGCCUACACUCCCUCCUUCCCCUCCCCUCCCACCUAACCUUGCCAUGCGCCCUCAAGUCCGCUUCCCGCCUCACCAACCCUCUCUCCGUCGGCGAGCAGCUCCACGCCCGCUCCCUCAAGCUCCCCUCCCACUCAAACCCCUACGUCCUCACCUCCCUCCUCAACCUCUACGCGAAAUGCGACCUCCUGGACCAUGCGCGGAGCGUGUUCGACGAAAUGCGCUGCCCCAACACGGUCUCCUGGACCGCGCUCAUCACCGCGUACAUGAACGCGGGGCGCGUCAGGGAGGCCGUCGCCGUCGCCAGGGACGCGUUCGCGAGCGGGAUGCGCCCGGACAGCUUCACCGCCGUGCGGGUCCUGACGGCAUGCGCCCGGGUCGCGGAUUUGGGCACUGGGGAGGUGGUGUGGAGGGCGGCACAGGAGGAGGGGGUUGCGGGCAGCGUGUUUGUGGCAACUGCGGCGGUAGAUAUGUACGUCAAGUGCGGCGAGAUGUCAAGGGCAAGGGAGGUGUUCGACAAAAUGCCGGAGAAGGAUGCUGUAGCUUGGGGUGCUAUGGUCGGGGGAUAUGCUUCGAACGGGCACCCCCAAGAGACUCUGGAGCUCUUCUUUGCAAUGCAGACUCAGGGAGUGAAGCCAGAUUGCUACACGGUGGUUGGGUCGCUCUCAGCUUGCACACGGCUGGGUGCACUUGAUAUGGGACGGCAGGCAGUCAGGACGAUGGACUGGGAUGAGUUUCUUGACAACCCAGUUCUAGGGACUGCGCUAAUUGAUAUGUAUGCCAAGUGUGGGAGCACAGGCGAGGCUGUUGUGUUCCAGCAGAUGAGGAAGAGGGACAUUGUUGUUUGGAAUGCGAUGAUCUUGGGGCUGGGCCUGACUGGGCAUGGUAAGAUUGGAUUUGCCCUUGUCGGCCAGAUGGAGAAGUCAGGCACGAAACUGAAUGACAAUACUUUCAUCAGCAUUCUCUGCAACUGUACUCAUACCGGCCUUGUAAAAGAUGGACGGCGGUACUUCCAUAACAUGACUCAGUUAUACAACAUCACACCUAGGAUUGAGCACUAUGGUUGUAUGGUCGACCUGCUCAGUCGCGCUGGGUUGCUCCAGGAAGCCCAUCAGCUUAUUGAUGAUAUGCCAAUGCAGGCAAACGCUGUCGUGUGGGGAGCACUUCUUGGUGGCUGCAAGAUUCACCGAGACGCAGAGCUUGCAGAACAUGUCUUGAAGCAGCUCAUCCUGCUUGAGCCCCGGAAUUCAGGGAAUUAUGUCAUGCUCUCGAACAUAUACUCUAACAGCAACAGAUGGGAGGAUGCUGCAAAGCUUAGAUCGGACAUGAAGGUGAACGGGGUUGAAAAGGUCCGUGCAUAUAGCUGGGUUGAGUUUAGUGGUAAGGUCCACGAGUUCCGUGUUGGAGACAAGUCGCAUCCCCACAUGGAUCAGAUUUACCAAAAGCUAGAUGAAUUAGGCAUGGAAAUGAAAACUAUGGGUUACAAACCAACUACAGAUGUGGUGAUGUUCGACGUUGAAGAUGAGGAGAAGGAGCACACUCUAGUUUAUCACAGCGAGAAACUUGCCAUUGCAUUUUGCCUUCUCACUACCCAACCAGGGGAGGUCAUUAGGGUCACCAAGAACCUUAGGGUAUGCACCGACUGUCACACUGUUAUCAAACUAAUAUCAAGGAUAACUCAUCGGGAGAUCAUUGUUCGGGAUAACAAUCGGUUUCAUUGUUUCAAAGAUGGUUGUUGCUCUUGUAAUGACUACUGGUAG